AUGACACCGUUAGAAAACCUUGAAAAAACUUUAAAUAACCAUGCUUCUUUAAAUAUGGUUGAUAAAUUAAUCACUGACCAGUUAUCCACCUGGCGAGGCUUUUCCAGCCUCUAUGUUCAGGAGGUUGAAAAAUCGGAGGCAGCGUUGGUGAACGUUGACGACAAUCUUAAGAAUACAGUGGCGCCCAGAAUUGAAUUGUUAAGGCAAGUUGCGCAGAAUUUUUGGAACUCGGUAAAUGAUGAUAGUUUCCUCGACGCAUUGAAUGAGCUUGACAGCAAAUUCAGUGAGAUCCCCCAAAACGUUAACCAGCAUAUUGCGAAUCAAAUACAGGAUGUUCAGAGGGAGUUGAAUGAAAAAUUGCAUAAUAUCGGAACUGAGAUCAAGAACGUUAAGAAAGAAAAGAACAAACACAUGAAGGAGAUAAAGAGAGCCGUGACAUCUGCCCAGCAGUUGGCCGAUAAGCUAGUUGGUACGUCGGCGAAUGAUUUCGAGAAAUAUAAGAAUGAUAUUAAGCAGCAGUUUGAACAGAUGAAAGCAGCGGUUGAGAAGCUAACCGGAAAAAAAGGAGCGUCGUCGACUCUUCUGGAGAACUUCGGUACCGUGCAGACAGAAGUUAGCGGACUGGAAGCUGAUGUUCGCCAUGGAUUGGAGGAGUUAAUGAAGACUAUUGAAAACAUCGACAUUGGGAGCGUAACCACUCAAGCGUUGUCCGAUCUGGGCAAGGCUAAGAGCGAUCUGGAUGCACUUGCUGGGACAAUUACCGACCCAUCUGUGAAACUGAAGACUAAGUAUGAAAAUGGUGUGGGAGGGUUUAAUGUGCAAUUUGCGCAGUUGUAUCGACAGGCAUCCGACAUAAAAACAGAGGAAAUUAGAAACGGUCUAAAUAAGUUGGCAGAUGUUAUUGGUGGGCCGUUGUCUACGCUUCAAAACAUUCAUAAUACCAUUCACGAAGAAUUGCAAAGUAAGUUACAGGACGUUGCGGGCGAGUUGAAUGAUCAGGUUCAGGAGCUUAAAAAAGGAAUAAAUGAUAAGUUAGGAGCAUAUAUUAAAGAGAUAGUUGGUGCUGUCAUGAAGGCCAUUCAAACGGCUGACCCAUCCAGUGGAGAUGUUGGGGAUGAUCAAUUUACCGCUAAAGCUGGUCCUGGCAUCGCGGCAUUGCAGGAAGUGGCUGCAUUCAAGCAGAUACUUAGUGGACCCGGAAUAGAUUUGCAAGCCCACCUAGAAAUGGUGCUGGAUGAUAUUAGAGAAGCUAUCGAAAUUGAGGGUAUGUCUCUGGAUUCCAAUGUUGAAGAUACAAAUCCUGCUGUUACAGCUUUGAAAAAUGAUUUAAUUUCUAAAGUAGACGCUGCGGUUCAAUCCAUCCAAACGUUCGCAAAGGAAGCUGCUAACAAGGGGAGUGAAAAGUUUAGGGAUGCGAUUGGUGUACAAAUUAACGGACAGCCUAGGACAGCUGAGAGCGGUAUUUACAGUCAGAUAAGCAACGAAAUGAAAAAACUGAAACAUCCUGACACAGUUGGCGACACCCACGAUGAGUUCCUGAUUGCGUUCAAAGCAUUUGAGUCAAAGCUAAAGCGAUUGACAACGUCGGCAAAUGCUGCGAAAUCCGCCGAGGAAGAUAUACAAAAACUAGUGGACAGCGUAACCAAUGCAGUUAAUAACCUUCACCAAUCCAUCACCACGUUUGACGAUGCGGCGAAGAAGCAAAUCAAAGCUGCAGCUCGAAAAGCCAUUGACGAUGCUCUUGAGAAAUUUGUCAUGGAUAAAAUUAUCACAACCAAUAUUGACGUGGCGACGCUGAUGACGGAAUUCGAUACAUCCAAGAAGAGUCUUACAUUUGCGAUUGAGGAGAUUGAGAAACAACUUGGCAUACUAAAAACAUUUCCCAGUAUUGUCGACGGCAAACGUAUACACGCCGAACAAACGAUGCAAACUUUGAAAAAUGAGAUCGAACAGAUACUUGCCAAAAUCAAAGACAUUAACACACCCAUUAGCGCAGCAGAGUCCGCUUUUAACACUGCCAUGGAAGCUCUAGAAGGAUCGUUGAGCUCCGCACAAGGUACUGUGAAGGUCAUCAUGCCACUGCUGAAAAGCAAGCUUCAAAGCCGAGUGAAUAACGCUUUCAAUGAGGUAGAGGAAUAUGUCCAAAAAAUGUUCAACGCACAGAGAAACGCUGAUUUCAAAUCCCUGAAAGACUGCAUAACGGAGCGCAUUCCCCAAAUCAAGGACAUCAUUGACCGUGAUUCGGCGAGCGGCCUGAAAGGCCUCAUGAACAAGUUUCAAGAACCGCUCAACCGACUGCAUAGUUCAGGCACUCAACUACGUACUUAUGCUGGAAAAGUUAAACUUUUUUGUGAAGAUUUCUUUGUUGACUUCAAAAAUCAGCCCGACCUCACCGACCACUCCCCUCUUCUCACCCCCCUCGCCGACGCCCUCUCCUCCCUCCUGUCCACAAUGCACGACCAACGCCACUUCCACGCCGACGUCUCCCGCAAGCUCGCCGACCUCCAAACGCAGCUCGACCGCCUCACCCCCUCCGAAUUCGCCGAGGCCUCCCCGCUGCUCAACGUCGUCAAGGCCGGCGUCCGGGCGUUCCACGGGGAGCUCGCGAAGCAGUACGUCAGCAGGUACUCGGGGGAGAGGUUCACUGAUGAGGUGGUUAAAGAUAAGCGGUCAUCUGAGACUAAAACAGUUAAAUCUCCCGCAAAAGCCGGUGACGAGACUGAAAUAACCGAGUACGGGAGGAAGUGCGCGAAGGUGUUCCUUACCUCCCUGGCGACACUGAGUAAUGACUUUAAAGUGCUUACCGAGAAAUGCAAUAAUGGAAGGGAGUGGAGUACGGAGCAAAUUAAUUUGUAUACCGAUAUCGGAAAAUUCUUUGGUCAACGGGGAUAUAAUGUUUCCACUGAAAGAGACAGCCAUGACGGUACCUUGCGCAAUAAGACCGAAUGCCAAGGCGCAAAUAUUAAGGGUUUCCUGACGCAAAUGUUAAAUACAGCAGCCAUCAAUAAACUGACGGACUGUCUGCGCAGCUAUUACUACGUUUGCCAUGUCAGGCUUACGCCACCGAAAACUCCUACAACAGUUUUCGCGAUGCUUAAGUGGUGUGCUGGUUUGCGGUACAACGCGAUGCUAAGCAAAGUCGAAGAUUACACUAAAACGUUGUUCUCGAAACCUAAGAAGUAUGAGGAUCGCGAUUAUAAAGAUAUUUCCGUCAAUGACCUCCAACUUGUCGGCACUUCAACCAUUAAACCUAGGGACCUAUGCGACGCACUCUACGAUGUAUGUAGAUACGCGGAAACAGUAUUGAUCACAAUCCUCGGACACGGCCAUAACGACGGCGUAUAUGCUUGUGACUUUAGCGCUAACGAAGAUGGGUUUUCGUAUCCUACUGCUCCAGGUUCGUGCUUCGAUAUGCUCGUUGAUAUUCUGAAUAGAUUGUACCGACAACUUUUCUUCGUAUAUAGACAGUGCCGUAACGACGACAGCUGUUCCGGGUGGCGUGAUUGUCUGUAUGGUAAUGCGAUCGGCGGCUCGUCGUUCAACUGUAACACCAAGCAAUGUGCCAACCAAAAGUGUAAGCAAACGUGCAACCAAAUACACAACCAAAUGGGUGACCAGCAUCCAAAGUGCGGUAUUAAGUCGCCACUCCAAUCCUUUUUAGAAGAUGGUCUCCCUGGGUUCCUACCUCAUGAAUUCAAAAAACCGGGAUGUAAGCUAGAAUGCACUGUCUCCAAUCAUAGGGGACUGCCGUGCAAUACCCCAAUGGGUUUUCCAGACAUCAGUGUGAUGGCUUCACAUACCCGGGACGGUGUUCAUCUCAUGAACGUUCUAAGAUUCUAUUGUGGCAACGAAUCUUCUCCACUAACCAAGCUUUGCGCUCAGCUAACGUGUCUAUUACAGAUGCCCCCUCAGACACUGGGUGACAUUUUCGCUUUUUACUACGGUUACAUUGCGAAUUGGAGUGGCGGGUUUUAUGAGCGCAAAGGUGAUGAAAUGCGUACGCAGACAUCGUUUCGUGCCGCCAUCGCCGAAGCGAAUUUCGGAAACCCUUACCAAAAUGUUACUCCAGAUGCGCUGAUUAGUAGCGAUAAUCACACCGACAAACAUCUCAAAGGUGAUUUGUGCAGCAUCACGAGUUGCGUAUCUGGUUCCGAUAAACCAUGUGGUCUAUACAUUAGGUCAGUGACCUUUAACACGUUUAGCUAUUACUCGUCCAAGCAUAAAGGCAAUCACUUGUCUUGGAUCGUGUACAUUACAGAGACAUUCUGUGAUCUGCUCAAGAAAUUGUACGACGAGUGCUGCGCAAAAUGUGACAAGAGAGGAAGUAGAUGCCAUGAUAAAAGAUGUGUCGAGACGUGCCAAGUCAAAUACUCCGACAAGGAAGAGGAUCGUAAGAAGCUAAGCGAUCACUCUCACGAAAAGGAAUGCAGAUCAAUCAUCACGUGCCGCAACACCCAUCCAACGUUGUACAAAUACGGGUUCACAUUUGGUAAUCCGUGGGCACUCAACGGGUUGGGGAAGGAUACCGCCGCCAAAAGGACGUGCAAAGAUUUCUGCGAAGCGUUGAAAUUAAUGCUCGUUGAAAACUCCGUGCUCAUUGAAUUACGCAAACAAAUCGACGACUUCUUAUGGGCUAUCAGAUUGAAUUUCUCAAUCACCGUAUUAGUUCUCUGGCUCCUCUCUGUCCUCUACCUCCUCCACAUCAUGGUCAUCCGCCUCGACCUGCUCCACAUCAAAUCGCAUUUGCAUAGUCCCUCGAGUCAUCGCAUAGCUGCUCAAUCACUACUCGCCGCCGCACGUGUUAACAAGCUUAACAGGGUGUUUUACCUGCAACCAUAA